UGCGACACAAGCGACUUACUUUGCGACGCUCACGGUACCGCCGCUUAAGAUCGCGCUGCUUGCGGCGACGUUCCUCGUCUCCCAGGUACACGCGUGGCUUGGCAAACAUGGGACCGUUGGUUACAGUAUAUAAAGGUGGUCAAUAUGAGUGGCCGAGUUGAAGCGGUGUUGAAGCGCUCGGCGUAGACGAAGGAGGACACAGCAGGUGAUUGCCUUGACGAACACGGGGCGAUUUCAAUUGUACAGGCGAGUGGAGCGAAUGAAGAAACUCAGCCCCUCUUUGCUCGAAUGUUGAGCUGCUCGCAGUUCCAACGCAGACGACGCGGAGCCUGUCGAGUCGAACGCAAACACCAAGCGAACGCCAGAUGGAGACUAGAGAAAAGGCGAGAUCACAGACAACAAGUCAGCCAAGACGCGUUUCUGGAAGUGAGACCGGCUUUGACUGGGUCGUCGGCGUGCCGCGUAGAUUUGAAUGCCUCACGCCUCGAAAUGAUAAGGUUCAAUUCCAUUUUCUGUUUUGCUGCUCUUGAAGAAUACUACGGUGGACGGGUUGCGGCUUGGAUGCGAGCAAUCUGCAGCGCACCAGCUGCAGAGCAUUUAAUUCAUCGGCACUAGCUGACUCAUUCACGUUAGGCUUCAUUUUGCACGGUUAUCAGCAGUGGCUGCAUGGAGCGCCAGUGUGCCAGCACACGCAGCAGGGAUUUCGAUGGCUAGUGCAAACGGGGUGGCCGGUAGCCGACUUAUGAUGUGUGUGCGCGAAUGAAUCGAGCAAGCCAGCGCUUUCGGCGGGUUUCUCGAGGGACUUUGCCACCAGGAUUUGGCUUGGCCGUGAAGGCUUGACUGAAGCCAAUCAGUGACGCCAGCUCUAAGCAUUCACUUCAAGUCUCUUGUCUGGUGUGCUGCUCUCUUUACUGUGUUGUUCUCCGCUGCGUGCGGUGGUCAACAAGUUUGUUUGCCUUCAGGACGAGCCAGACUUUCAAACGAUCUCCAACUCUAAGUACGGUUGAUUAUACUCAAUCUGUUUCCUGGCUCCGUUGUGUUCCCAAUGGAAAAUUUCCGGCGUAAUGGUGGCCAUGACGACACCGACGAUUCAUGUGGUGUAGACGGUAAAUUCCUGCGCAUGCUCAUUUUGCGCUGACCAUCCAACGCGACGAGGUGGUAAAGCGAAGAAGCAACGGUCGUGCGCAUGUGAUUUCCUACCCUGCAGCACCCUCUGGACUAUUAUAGUGUGUCUAGACGACGCUACAAAGAGCACAGCAACGUAGGAGGAGAACAAUUUUGGUUAUGAAUUUUCUGUGCUAGAGCUUAAUCUACGUACUGUUGUCGACCUUCGACUCGACGCAUA